AUGUCUUCAGACGCGGAGAUGGCCAUCUUCGGGCCAGCUGCCCCCUAUCUACGAAAGCCAGAAAAAGAGAGAAUUGAGGCCCAGAACAAGCCCUUUGAUGCAAAGAAUUCAGUCUUUGUGACAGAUCCUAAGAUAUCUUAUGUGAAGGCCAGUGUCACAGCCAGGGAAGGAGGGAAGGUCACAGUCAAGACGGAAAACGGAGAAGUGAGUAGAAGGAAUGCAUUGUUAAAAUUGCCUCAUCUCUACUUUUUAAGAUGAUAUAAAUUGGCCUUUUGUUUGGUUGGCUGUCUGUCCUAUAUUUGUUCAUCUUCCAUUUAAUCCUUUUCCUCCCAGUCUGUAACAGUCAAGGAAGAUCAAGUCUUUUCUAUGAAUCCUCCCAAAUAUGACAAAAUUGAGGACAUGGCCAUGAUGACCCACCUCCAUGAACCUGCUGUCCUGUAUAACCUCAAAGAGCGUUAUGCAGCCUGGAUGAUCUAUGUAAGUAUAUUCUGAAGUAACAUGCCUCUCUCUUUUUAUGGUGGAACUAGAUUUUAAUAUAGGGGUGAGGAAGUCUGUGGCUCUCCAGAUGAGACUCUAACUCCCAGAAACUCCACCUAGCAUGAUCAGUGGACAGUGUGUUGUAAUACAGUUAUAUUUGGAGGGCCAUAGGCAGUUCUGACUUUGGGGCAGAAGUCCAGGGUCCCUUGCAGCAAAAUGCCCUCCAAGUGCAGCAGGGCUAGCUUACCACAUUUUGAAGUACAUGAAGUAAUGCACGUUACCAUCUAAAGAAGUAGCCUCAUAAGACCAAUGCCUAAAAUUAGCUAACUGCACUUCUGGUCACAGGUUUCCUACCUCUGCUUUAAGACCUCCCAAAUAUCACUUUCUUCUCUCACACCACACAACCAUGUUAGGUUUCUAUCUUGUAUCAGUUAGCCAGUUUGUAUUGCUCUUUUGUGGGCAAAGUAACUAUUAGCUGCCAGAUCCUAUAUUAUGUUCCUAGUGUCUUGUAUCAAUCAAGGACAGGAAUGUAGCAAAAGUCUACUCACAUACAGUGGUACCUCGGGUUACAGACACUUCAGGUUACAAACACUUCAGGUUACAGACUCUGCUAACCCAGAAAUAGUACCUCGGGUUAAGAACUUUGCUUCAGGAUGAGAACAGAAAUUGAGCGGCAGCCGCGUAAGGCCCCAUUACCUAAAGUGGUACCUCAGGUUAAGAACAGUUUCAGAUUAAGAACAGACCCCGGAACGGAUUAAGUUCUUAACCAGAGAUACCACUGUAUUUGAUUUCUCUUCUUCUUUUCUUUUCUUUUCUUUUCUUUUCUUUUCUUUUCUUUUCUUUUCUUUUCUCUUCUCUCUUCCCUCAUUCCCAAUGAUAAACAUCCUGUCCUAAGUAUAUAUCCCUGAAUAUCCUGCUCAGCUCAAAGUUCCUUAGUUCGGGAAUUAUAUACAAUUGACUCACAAUUUUUGCAGGGGUUACAUUCUGGGGGGUUGUGCAUAAAACCAAAAUUGUGUAUAGCCAAAACAACUCUGAAACUGCCCCCACUUUACUAUCCCUACCUUUCUGAAGCCAGUGUGCCAAGCAUGCCUUGCCUCCCAUGCAAGGCAAAGAGCAUCUAAGCUCUCCAUCUUGCUUACUACGCUCUAAGAGGUCUUGGGUGGCCCCUGCAAUAUCCUGUCAGCGCCUUUCAGAGCCUGUGUGAGACCUUCCCAGAGCCUAGUAAGCAAAUUUGAGAACUCUUUUCAUGCCAGGAAAACCUGCUCCAGGAAGAGCUUUAAAGCAAUCUGCAUUAUGGGCAUUUAAUCUGUGUGAUUUCAGCUCUCCGGUCACCAAGUAUGUAAAUCUGCAAUUGUGCAAGUUGUACAAGUUGUGUAAAUUUGUACAAGUUGUGAGCUAACUGCAUUUUAAACUCUAUUGGGAAUAUUAAAAAAAUCAACAAUAGGCUCCUCUGUUGGCUAGCAAGGCCGCUCUUACACCUUAAUAACUGUUGAUAUAUACUAUUGUUGUACUGUGUAUUUUGGGUCUAUGGACCACAAUAAAGCUCUCUCUCUCUCUGUGUGUGUGUGUGUGUGUGUGUGUGUGUGUGUGCGUGCAUUACAAUAGACAGGAUAAAACAAGCUAGAUAUGUUUUUCUUCUUCCAGACCUAUUCAGGUCUCUUCUGCGUCACUGUCAAUCCAUACAAGUGGCUGCCAGUGUACAACCCAGAAGUGGUAUCUGCCUACAGAGGCAAAAAGCGUCAAGAGGCCCCUCCCCACAUCUUCUCCAUCUCUGACAAUGCCUAUCAGUUCAUGUUAACUGGUGAGUAUAUGGAUCUCUUUGAAAGAGUGAACAUUUUCUCAAGAGAAACCUUAAUAACUUUCCUAGGAAAUGUGGAGGUCUGUUAAGAUAGCAUAUAGAGAAGCAUUAGAAAGCUGGCUCAAAACAAAUUAAGAAGUUCCCUAAUCAUGCUAAUACAUGUAGUCCAAUUCCUGCUCAAAAAGUAACGUUGGCUCAUUUUUUCACCAAAAAAGAAUACAAAACUUAAAAAUCAACAAUUAUUGACAAGAAGAAAAAAUACCAAUAUUGCUGAAAUGUGAUUCCAUUUUUCAGUGUAAAUAGAGAAUAUUCAGUUUGACUCUUAGAAAUGAAUGGUUUCAUAUUUUAUUCUUACUGGGGAAUUCAUUCCUUAAACAAAAUUCAUGCAGAGCUAUUUAUAAUUAAUACACACAUGCAUAAAUGGCACACACAGUUUUGAGAGUCAUUGGGAAAAGCAAUGAAUGUGCAUUCAAAUUAUGGAAAACUAAUUCAGUUUCCCAUUGCUACAGAUAUUUCAUCAAAUGGUUUCCACACAUUUCUAAGCAUACUUUGUAGCCAUAGAAGCUAUAUACUUCCUUAAAAAAAAUAAAUCUCACAAGCUGUAAAAGAUACAAAAGCUGUAAAAAAUACAGAUGAAUGUAUUUUGUGUGCAUGGCUGAGCUCCUCUAGCAUCAUAGCAUAUACACAAUCUGGGCUUUGCCCUGCAUAUUUCUUACCUAUUAUGACCUGCUUGUAUGCAAGCCACUGCAAGUUCUUUAAUAAUUACAUGCAGUGUCAUCCUAAGCAUGUUUGUUCAGAACCAGGUCCCACUGAGUUUAAUGGGACUUUUCCUCAAGUUAGCUCACACUGAACCAUAGCUGCACUAAAUUAAUAACAAGUUCUUUUUUGUUAUAUAUCUUUCCAGAUCGUGAGAAUCAGUCAAUCCUGAUUACGUAAGUUUAUUUCCUUAAUGAAAUAAAUGCUGACUUUGUGAUACAGUACAACAGACAAUAAAGGAAUUUUGUCAAAACUACCUUAUCCUACCAGGGAGGAAAGAUUCAAUUACAUGUAUAGUCCUCUUAAAUGCUGGUACAGUAAAUCUCCAGUGAUCUAGUUUUCUGAAAGUUCUACAGUUGCAUUAUACAAAAUUUCAAUUUUAUUUCUAUAGAAGAGGGGCAUUUAUCUGACCCCCUAGUUUCUUAGUAGGCUUUGAAGAACAUGUGCUGCUUGCUGGCUAUUCCUCUCUAAUAUUCCUUUCUAAUAAUAUGGGGAAAUGGCAGGGUAAUAAUAAUAAUAAUAAUAAUAAUAAUUUAUACCCGACCCAUUUGGCAGGGUUUCCCCAGCCACUCUGGGUGGCUCCCAACAGAAUAAUAAUAAGAAUAAGCAACAAAACAUUAAAUAUUAAAAACUUCCCUAAACAAGGGGGCCUUCAGAUGUCUUCUAAAAGUCAGAUAGUUGUUUAUUUCCUUGAUAUCUGAUGGGAGGGCAUUCUACAGGGCGGGCACCACUACCAAGAAGGCCCUCUGCCUGCUUCCCUGUAGCUUCACUUCUCGCAGUGCGGGAACUGCCAGAAGGCCCUCGGAGCAGGACCUCAGUGUCCGGGCUGAAUGUUGAGGGUGGAGACGCUCCUUCAGGUAUACUGGGCCGAGGCCGUUUAGGGCUUUAAAGGUCAGCACCAACACUUUGAAUUGUGCUCUGAAACGUACUGGGAGCCAAUGUAGAUAUUUCAGGACCAGUGUUAUAUGGUCUUGGCAGCCACUUCCAGUCACCAGUUCAGCUGCCACAUUCUGGAUUAGUUGUAGUUUCUGGGUCACCUUCAAAGGUAGCCCCACGUGGAGCGCAUUGCAGUAGUCCAUGUAACGCUCUGAUAUGUGUUUGAUCAACAGUGGAGAAUCUGGUGCUGGAAAGACUGUGAACACGAAACGUGUCAUCCAAUACUUUGCAACAAUUGCAGCCACAGGUGACAAGAAAAAGGAUGAGCCGGUCGCACAAGGCAAAAUGCAGGUAAGCUAUUUGUUAGAAAGGAUGAAAUGUGGUUUUGAUGCAGUCUCUAUAUAAUUAAUCUUACAAUAAUACAUACAUUGCAGGGUACCCUUGAAGAUCAAAUCAUCAGUGCCAACCCCUUGCUGGAGGCUUUUGGAAACGCAAAGACUGUGAGGAAUGACAACUCCUCGCGUUUUGUAAGUCUUCUGCAGAAUCUGAACAUAGUAGUUGACCUUCACUUUUUUAAGGGUGGUCAUCAUACAGCAAAUCUGUAGUAAUGUAUUUGCAGAAUCUGCCUCAUAGGAUUUGUAAUUACAUGCCUUUUCUUGUUUAAAGGGUAAAUUCAUCAGAAUCCAUUUUGGUGCCACAGGCAAACUGGCUUCUGCUGACAUUGAGACAUGUAAGGGAUGGGAUCUUUCUUUCUCUCUCGCUCUCUCACUUGCUUUCUCUUUCACUCGCUAGUUUCUUAAUUGGUUGCUUCUGUUUCUUGCCAGAUCUGCUAGAGAAGUCCAGAGUUACUUUCCAGCUGAAAGCUGAAAGAAGCUACCACAUCUUUUAUCAGAUCAUGUCCAACAAGAAGCCAGAACUGAUUGGUAAGAGGCAUUUGCUAUAGUGGCUGUUGCUAAAAUCUUGCGCUGAUGCUGGAUUAUGCAAUGGAUGAAAAUCUGUGCUUCUCCUUAUUCAGAGAUGUUGCUGAUUACUACCAACCCAUACGACUUUCACUUUGUGAGUCAGGGUGAGAUCACUGUUCCCAGCAUAGAUGAUCAAGAAGAGUUGAUGGCAACUGAUGUAAGUAGCAUGAACAAGUGAGUUUUUUGGCGUAUCAACUAGAGGUAAUAUAAAAAAUAUUCACUUGCACAUCUUGAUUCAAUUGUCAGAGUGCCAUUGACAUCUUGGGCUUCAAUUCUGAAGAAAAGACAGCCAUUUACAAGCUAACUGGAGCUGUAAUGCACUAUGGGAACAUGAAGUUCAAGCAGAAGCAACGUGAGGAGCAGGCUGAGCCAGAUGGCACUGAAGGUAUUUACAGAAUUUGCAAUGGGACUAUGAGCAAAAGCCUUCAACCAAAAAAUGCCCUUAAUCCUCAGCUGCUCCUAACUUUCACUUGAACAGCUGAAGUCCAAUGCAUAAGAAUGAGAGCCUAAAGUUACAGUCCGAUUAACGUUUACCUGCAAGUUUCAUUGCGUUCAAUGAGGAUUAAUUUUGAGUAGACGUGUCUAGCCUUAUACUAUUUUAUAUUCAUUUUCUUGUCUAAGUCAAGCCAGAAAAUGUUUGAAAGUUGAUACAAUCUAGAAAUUUGAAUAACAGUGAUGGAAUUUUGGUUGCCAUAGUCCCGCCAAAUCUAUCCCAACUAAUCUCUUAGCCACAUUAUGGUGACAAACAUAGGAGUCAACUCUUAGGUGCUGAGGUCCCUUUGCCGCCCUCCCAUAAAGUAUUUGAAGGGGCUGUACACAACAAAAAAAGUUAAUGGGCAUUGCCAUUCAAAUGGUGUGCACGUGAUGCAUUUUGGGAUCAAUUAUGCAGGGCAGUGCUUACCCAGCCCCAGCCCAAUAUCUGAUUCAAGUUGACACCUCUAGCGACAAACAUGUAGUUUUAGCUGAUUAAUUUGCUAUUAUUUUAUUUAUUAAAUUGGUAUACUGUCCUUCAUCCAAGGAUCGCAGGGUGGUUCCCAGCAUAGAAAUACAAAGUGAGAACACAAAACUCAUAAUAAAACAAAAACAAACCAAUAACUCUUUUCUCCCAAACACAUUUAAAAGGUCAUAGAAUGUUAAUCAGCCAAAGGCCUGCUUACAGAGAAACACUUUUGCCAGGCGCCUAAAGAUAUAAACAAGGCAAGCCUCCCUAGACAGAGUAUUCAACAAAUGGGGAGCCAUUGCAGAAAAGGCCUGUUCUGGACCUCUCAUGAAGAAAGCACACAAAGAAGGGCCUCAGAUGAUGACUGCAGAAUCCAGAUAGGUUCAUUAUGGGGAAAAGCAGUCCUUGAGGUAUUGUGGUCCUGAGUCAUUUAAGGCUUUAUAGGUCAAAACCAGCACUUUGAAUUGGACCCAACCACUGCAGUCAGGCCAGGAUUGGUAUUAUUAUUAUUACCAUUAUUAUUAUUAUUAUUAUUUUAUCGUUUAUACCCUGCCCAUCUGGCUGGGUUUCCCCAGCCACUCUGGGAAGCUUCCAGCAAAAUAUUAAAAAAUAAUAAAAUGUCAGACAUUAAAAACUUCCCUGAACAUGGCUGCCUUCAGCUGUUUCCUAAAAGCCGUUUAAUUCUUUAUCUCCCAGACAUUUAAUGGGAGGGCUUUCCCCUUUCGCCACUGCCGAGAAGACCCUAUGCCACCUUGCUCAAACCACCUUGCUCCAGAGAACAGCCUAACAGCCAAAUUCUGUACCAGCUGAAGUUUCUAAACCAUCUUCAAAGGCAGCUCUACAUUAGUAGUUUCCAUGUCAUACACCAGGAAGUUAAUUUGUGUUCAGAGAGGCAGACCUAUUCUUGCUUCUAAUCACUGAAAAAUCAGUCACAUCUUUAAAAAAUUAGGGAAAGUAUUUUACUACUCUGCUUCUUCUAUUUGUAUUCCUAGUAAGAUCUGUAGUAUUUCUAGCAGUAUUUCUAUACAAGCAGUGUUGUUUAUUCAUACAUUCAUCCAAUGUAGAAAAUAUUAUAUACUGGGCUCAUAAACCUUUCCUCUUAUCUCUGUGCUCAGUUGCUGACAAGGCUGCAUACCUCAUGAAUCUCAAUUCAGCAGAUCUGCUGAAAGCUCUGUGCUACCCCCGAGUCAAAGUUGGCAAUGAGUUUGUCACCAAAGGCCAAACAGUCCAGCAGGUAAUGAUCUGCAGUACAAAACUCAUGGUGGAUGGACUCCACUUCGUUGCUCCACUUAUAUGCUGACUGCUGUCAUUCUAUUCUUAUAGGUGUACAACAAUGUUGGUGCUCUGGCUAAGGCUGUCUUUGAGAAGAUGUUCUUGUGGAUGGUCAUUCGUAUCAACCAGCAGCUGGAUACUAAGCAGCCUAGGCAGCACUUCAUAGGAGUGUUGGACAUUGCUGGCUUUGAGAUCUUUGAUGUAAGGAAACAGGGCCUUGAUGGAACAGUGUGAGAACAGAGAUGUGGUGAUUCUGAUAGUCACAGUAAAACCUUUAAGCAAUUAAAGAGUGUAGUUCAAUAAUGUUCUCAAUGCAAAAGCAAUGAAGGAGUGAAAUUGUUUCCAAGCCGUUAACUGGAGAGGAUGCCAGACACAGAAAUAUCUGGCAGUGAUAAGGAAUUGUAGAUAUGAUUUGGUAUGAAGAGCAUGGUUCAUAAAUCCAAAGCAUCUCUGGAGCGAGACAGAGUGUAAGCAAUGUAUCUGAAAGCACUGGAAGCAGUAAGUUCAGUGAAUAUGCAUGAAUUUGGGCUCAGCAAAGGAGAAAAUAACAAGUAGACCUACAUGUAUGUCCAAAGUUCGUUUCGGGGGCCAAAACCAGCCUGCCCGAUCCCAAUUUUACUUUGGGGUAAAACUGUAAAAAACAACUUUGGUCGGCCCUCACGCAUGUUCACUUCAUCAAAUCUGGCCCUCUUUGAAAAAAGUUUGGGCACCCUGUGAUAUGACUUUAAAUUACUGUCAAGAACUGUAAAAAAAAACAUUAAUAAUUGCAGAAACCUGAAGAGAUGUAAGGUUUUUAAUAUUAACCAUUAGAAAACUAGAAUGAAGAAUACUGUUAAACAUGGUGGUCUCUUAUACGAUAUAUUUGCACUGUCUAGUUCAACAGCCUGGAGCAGCUCUGCAUCAACUUCACCAAUGAGAAACUGCAACAGUUUUUCAACCAUCACAUGUUUGUGCUGGAGCAAGAAGAGUACAAGAAAGAAGGAAUCGAUUGGGAGUUCAUUGACUUUGGAAUGGACCUGGCUGCCUGCAUUGAACUCAUUGAGAAGGUCUCUUAAAAAUUACUUGUUUAGCACAUGUGUAACUGCAAACAAUCCCUGUUUUAACAAGGUGCUUAAGCUUAUGCUUCAUUAUAAAAAUGAAUAGCUCCAUAAUAAUAACAGAAAUUGUGAUGAUGCUUUUGUCUAAAUUUCAUGCAGGACUAUGCCAUUUUACUAAAUGUGCACUAUGAAUAGUUCACUUUUACUGUCAAAUACUAAUUACAUUAGUUGGUUAGAGUGUGGCACUGAUAACACCGGUGUUACAGGUUCAAUCCCCAUAUGGGACAGCUGCAUGUUCCUGCAUUGCAGGGGGUUGGACUAGAUGAUCCUCAGGGUCCCUUCCAACUCUACAAUUCUAUUAAUUUAAUUUAGUAAUUUUACUUUUACUCUCCUUGUUCCCUCCAGCCAAUGGGCAUUUUCUCCAUCCUAGAAGAAGAGUGCAUGUUCCCCAAGGCAACAGACACAUCUUUCAAGAACAAGCUCUAUGAACAGCAUCUUGGCAAAUGCAAGAACUUUGAAAAGCCCAAACCUGGCAAAGGCAAGGCUGAGGCUCACUUCGCCCUGGUCCAUUAUGCCGGCACUGUGGACUACAACAUCAGUGGAUGGCUGGACAAGAACAAGGACCCCCUGAAUGAAAGUGUAAUUCAGCUCUACCAGAAAUCAUCUAUGAAGACACUGGCUUUGCUAUUUGCUGACCGUCCUGCAGAAGGUAAUUCCUGCUGCACUUUGCAAUUGGCUCAUGAGCAUAACCCAUAAUUAGCAACUUAAAGAGAUGGUUGCUUUAAAUUCUAGUGGUAUAUGUUUAUGUAAUUCAUUGAAGGAUUUUAAUUUCAUUCAUGUAUUUUAUAAUUUUUAUGUUUUAGAGGGUGGCGGCGCCAAGAAAGGUGGCAAGAAGAAGGGUUCCUCUUUCCAGACUGUAUCUGCUCUCUUUAGGGUAAGCACAACUUCUGUUUGUGAAAUGGGGAAUAAACUUGCUUUAAAUCAAUGUCUUUUUCCUAGCUUAUAUUAUGAUUUGUCAAAUCAUAACAAAAUCUGAGAGGGAAAAAACAUAAACAUAAAUGAGAUCAGUAUGUUCAAAAUAGAUUGUCUACAAAGAGUAUAUUUAUAUAUCAAAAUCUAUUUAUCUAUAGUUAUAUCUUCAGCAGCUUCCAAUGUCAAAGAGGUGGGCUGUGUCUCAGUUGAAAAUUUGGCUUCUUUUUGUGUAUUAAACAUCAACAUGCAGGUAAAACAAAUAUUUCUGACCUCAUAGGAGAAUUUAAACAAGCUGAUGAGCAAUUUGAAGAGUACCCACCCUCAUUUUGUGCGCUGUCUCAUCCCCAAUGAAACGAAAACACCUGGUAAGACAUUUUAGUAAACAUUCUUCGAAAGAGAAGGAAAUUCUACCCUGUAGUGUUAAUCCAUACUUUAAUGUUCUCUAAGGUGCCAUGGAGCAUGAACUUGUAUUGCAUCAACUGAGAUGUAAUGGAGUGUUGGAAGGUAUCAGAAUUUGCAGAAAGGGAUUCCCUAGCAGGAUCAUUUACGGUGAUUUUAAACAGAGGUCUGUAUAUUCCAUACUAUUUUACUAUUAUGCUUCUCAGUUCUUUAAAAAUAUGUUUUCAAUACAAUGCAGUAUAAUCCAAAGCACUAAGAAAUAAGUCCCACUAAAGUAAAAGUAAGUGUAGUUAGGAUUUCAGCCUUUGUACAUGUUAAACUUUUAAGAAUGCUGAAAAUCAACUAAGAACUCACUGAUGGAUGAUUAGUGUAUGUUUAUAUUGAAUGUGGUUGAGAGAACUGGGAUGAAAUAAAAAAAGGUAUAUCAGGGAUAGGCUGUGUACUUCCUUAAUAGCUGUGUACCUCUCUGUACAGCAAUGGAACUUCUUAUAUUGCAUCAGCUUGCAGCAGCAUAAUUAGAUAAGCUGAAAGGCCACCUGCAGUAAGAUCAUGUUACUAAGAAACAUCUUUUCAAAUGUUCAUCAUGUUUAAGAAAGUUUCCCUAGACAUAAGUUUUACUUCACAGCCAAAUUCAGUUUUUAAUCUCUUUCAGACAUUAUUCUGUAACAAAAACAAUUGUGGAAGUUAGUGCCAGCUAUCAUAAUACUUUGGCAAAAUAAAAACUGUAAGCUUUUCUCAACAGAUACAGGAUAUUGAAUGCAAGUGCCGUCCCAGAGGGACAGUUCAUGGAUAGCAAGAAAGCUUCUGAGAAGCUUCUCGGUUCUAUCGAUGUUGACCAUACCCAAUAUAAAUUUGGCCACACAAAGGUAAAAUUACUUUUUAUUACAAGACUGUAAUAUUUGAGUUUGUUGAGACAGUGACCAAUACUUUGUAAUAUUUUCUUUUCCCAGGUCUUCUUCAAAGCUGGCCUUUUGGGUACUCUAGAGGAAAUGAGAGAUGAUAAGUUGGCACAGCUGAUUACACGCACCCAAGCUGUUUGCCGUGGUUACCUGAUGAGAGUGGAGUUCAAGAAAAUGAUGGAAAGGAGGUAGAGUUUCAUAGUCUGUAACAGGACUCAUUGCGUGCCCAGGAGGAGACUCCCCGGCCCCAAGAGACCACCAGAAGGAAUAAUGACUUGUGACAAUGUGUUAUGGAAUAAAAAUUGGCCCCAACUUUAUUAAACCUUUCAGAUGUAGGAAGACCUUGACUUAGGCAUUGGGCAUGUAUCCCUCCCAGCCCCCAGCCGGGGGAACUGGAACUCCUCAUGGUGAAUGGGAUAUGGGACAUGCACAGCAAGAUGCUUGUGUAUGUUGGCAGCCCAUAUCCCCGCAAUGCAGGGGAGUUCACUGACAACCUUUCAGUGUAUGGCCAGUGACUCCCUUAUAUAAACCCCUUUAAGAGGGGACCCUGGAAUCACCGCUGCGGGGGGGGGUGUGAGUCACCACUUCACCCCCCCACCCCAUUUAGGGAAGAUAGACUAAAGGAUUCCGCCCAAGGCCUAAAACCGACAAUGCAGGGAAAUUCCUUCCCGGCUCUUCAACAGCAACCAUCCAAAGAUGUAGCAGCAUAGGCAAAACAUUGUCUAAUGCUUUUUGCAGGUUAACGAAAGGGAGGGUUGGGUGGGUGAAGCUCCAGAGCCACCUCCUAUUUAAGCAACUGGCCCCACCACCCUGUGGUGCUGAUUGGCUGAGGUUUGGCGGAAACCUCCAAUGACUAGCACAGGGAGGCAGGCCAGCCCAAACAGCUGGUGGGUCCCACGUGACUGGGGUGCUGUGCGCGGCCCUGCAAAGGGCACCCACAAAGGAAGGUGUCAGCGCUCAUUAUCAAACUGGCAAUGAGUCUAGUUUGAUAAUGAGUCCAUCAACACAUGCAGGUUUAAUACAGAUUAAAGAAACUUGAAAACAAAUUUUAUUUUGGAAUCGUCCUUAAGAUCUAGUAUGCUUUCUUUACAGAGAGUCUAUCUUCACUAUUCAGUACAAUGUCCGCUCAUUCAUGAAUGUGAAGACUUGGGCUUGGAUGAAGUUGUACUUCAAGAUCAAACCUCUGCUGAAGAGUGCUGAGUCAGAGAAGGAGAUGGCCAACAUGAAGGAAGAGUUUGAGAAAACUAAAGAAGAUCUUGCCAAAUCAGAGGCCAAACGGAAGGAGCUGGAAGAAAAAAUGGUGUCUCUGAUGCAAGAGAAGAAUGACUUGCAACUCCAAGUCCAAUCUGUAAGCAUCACUGGUAACAUUAAAUGUUUUUGUCCUAGUGACUCAAUGCCUGACAGAUAUAGAUUGGAUACAAGAAUUCAAAAAGUGCCGAGAAAUUUUGGAGCUAAUAAAACUUAUUUAAAAAGAUAAUUAUAGAUAUCAAAUACAUAAUAAAGUGCAGGAACAAGGAAAGAUAGAAAGGGAAGAAGAAAAAUCCUCAGUUCCACCUCUUCAUUUUUAUUCAUUACUUUUAUCCCACAUUCCCUUACUUUGCCUGAUAACUCUUGCUUCCACACAUGUCUCUGCCCACUUCCUCCCUCAACCCACUGCUUAGUUUCUCCCCUGCCUCCAACCCUUGCUCAUGUCUCCACUAGCUGCCUUCUCUCUAUCUUCCCUAUGCUAAACUUCACUGCACACUUUAUUACCUUCUUCCCUUGUUCAGUGCCCCCCUUUUCUGCUCUGUUAGCAAAGGCCAAACUUCCCAAAGUAAGACAGAUCAAGUUUCCUCCCUGGCCCCUCCCACUCAAACAGUUGCAUAUCAAUGUGCAGAUUGUCCUCGAAUCCCUGGUAAAGGAAUUUUAUCAAACUUUUGCUUAUGUGGUGUAUGUCUCAACUAAAAAACUACUUCUUAACUCAACAAGACGAGAGAGAUGCAUUAAAAAUAUGUUUUCAACCUACAGGAAUCUGAUGGCUUGGCAGAUGCUGAGGAGAGAUGUGACCAGCUGAUCAAAACCAAGAUUCAGCUGGAAGCUAAAAUUAAGGAGCUGACUGAACGGGCAGAGGAUGAGGAGGAAAUGAAUGCUGAGCUGACAGCCAAAAAGAGGAAACUGGAAGAUGAAUGCUCAGAGCUGAAGAAAGACAUUGAUGAUCUUGAGUUAACACUGGCCAAGGUGGAAAAGGAGAAGCAUGCCACAGAAAACAAGGUAAUGAUCACAAUGUGCUCAGAUCUGCAACGAAUAGUCAGAAUGUGGUACAGUAUUGUCAUUCCAGGGUAGAAUGAUAUAUUGAAUCUGUUUGUUCAUUUCUAAAAGGUGAAAAACCUCACUGAAGAGAUGGCAGUCUUGGAUGAGAACAUUGCCAAACUGACCAAAGAAAAGAAAGCCCUCCAAGAGGCCCAUCAACAGACCUUGGAUGACCUGCAGGCAGAGGAGGACAAAGUCAAUACUCUGACCAAAGCAAAGACCAAGCUGGAGCAGCAAGUGGACGAUGUAAGCACCAACACAUGCAGAAGAAUAACUGUGGGGGUGAAAGUAGUAUUAGAGUGACAAAGUCUUUGUCCCCUCUUUCUCUUUAGCUUGAAGGGUCCCUGGAGCAAGAAAAGAAACUUCGCAUGGACCUGGAAAGAUCCAAGAGGAAGCUUGAAGGUGAUCUGAAGCUGGCCCAGGAAUCCACAAUGGAUUUGGAGAAUGAUAAGCAGCAGCUGGAUGAAAAGCUUAAGAAGUAAGUAUGGUUUACUGUCUAGAAGACCUUUUGGGAGCUCUUUAUGGCACCCAGCCCUCUUUCAAUUUGACUGAGAAAACCUUGUGUUUUGUUAUGAAAAGGAAAGACUUUGAAAUCAGCCAGCUACAAAGCAAAAUUGAAGAUGAGCAGGCCUUGGGCUCCCAGCUUCAGAAGAAGAUAAAGGAGUUACAGGCAAGUCAAGCAUAUAUUGACUCCAUCAUAUGAAAAUCAGUUCAUCAGGGAAGACUCUGUUAAUGGCUGCUUCUCUUUCUCUAGGCCCGUAUUGAGGAACUGGAGGAAGAGAUUGAGGCUGAGCGUGCAUCUCGGGCCAAAGCAGAGAAGCAGCGGGCUGAUCUCUCCAGAGAACUUGAAGAGAUCAGUGAGCGUCUGGAGGAAGCUGGUGGGGCAACCGCAGCUCAGAUUGAGAUGAACAAGAAACGUGAGGCAGAAUUUCAGAAAAUGCGCAGGGACCUUGAAGAAGCCACUCUGCAACAUGAAGCCACAUCGGCUGCUCUCCGCAAGAAGCAUGCAGACAGUGCAGCUGAACUUGGGGAACAAAUUGAUAACCUGCAACGUGUGAAACAGAAGCUGGAGAAGGAGAAGAGUGAGCUGAAGAUGGAGAUUGAUGACCUUGCCAGUAAUAUGGAAUCUGUCUCUAAAUCUAAGGUAUUGUACUUCAGUGCAUUAGGGAAGGGAUGCAAGAACUACUGCAUCAUCUCAUAAGCAUUUGACACAUGUUUUUCUAAGAGCUAAGCUGCCAGAACAUCUCUAAACCUGACCUUAGGCUAAAGUUGAAGCAAAGUCAGAUUGUAUAGCAUAAGCAAAUGAAGCAGUACUAAAAACAUAUUCUGGAUGCCAAGAAUUACUUGUUAAAGUACACUAUAUAUGAAAAUGGGCAAUAUUUUUAAUGAUUAGACUGUAAAAGUUCUGCUCCUAAGUGUACAAUACAGUAUUUAAUUACUGCUGGGUAGUCAAUGUAAUUGCUAGAUGAAUUAAUUAGGUGUUUAUAUAUUUUAUCACCUAUAAAGAAUAUACAGGUAAACACAUUCCUCCAUUAUUUCAUGAAAUUAUGUUGUAUGUGUUAAUAUAUUGAAGACUUUGUGUUCAAAGAUUGCCUAUAAGAAUCUGACUUGAGGAAGGCAAUCAAAUUAAUAGAUUGCAGCACAGCUAUUGGAUUUUAGCUCUUUGCAAAGUUUGUAAUUUCCAUAUCAAAUUGUGCCAAACUUCAGAAUUUGGUUUAAAUGUAUGCUGUCAUUUACUUAGGCUGCAAUGAAACUUAUAUUUGCAUAAAUACAAAUUUAUAAAUUAUCUGUAUUUUUUCAUAGUUUUGCUUUCUUUUUAAAGAAUGUUCUUACUAAUAUAUCAAUUUGAAGACUAUUUCAAUGUUUUUCCAAUUGCCCAUUUCAGUCAGCUCUUGAGAAAUUAUCCCGCUCCUUGGAAGAUCAGCUGAGUGAGGUUAAAGCAAAGGAGGAAGAGCACCAGCGCACAAUUAAUGACCUGACUGCUCAAAGAGCACGUCUGCAGACAGAAGCAGGUAAGGCACAUGACUGGUUACAUACUGCAAGUUACACACUGUAACACAUUAUAUACACUGUGAAAGUUGUUUGUAAAUUCUCGUAAGAAAUGUAACUUGCAGCUGAUUUUAAAAUCAAAGGAUCACAACAUUGAAAAUGUGAAGAAUAGCAUUAUUCAACACUAAAUUACGUAAUUAAUGUAUCAAGGUUGUGAUUCCAAAGUCAAAGAGUGGCACGUGGUCUCUAAGCAAGUGCUCUCAGCCAAUGUACAGUCUUUUCUACAUUCAGAUCAUUCCACUUUUUGUAAAGUUCUAAACUUUUCACUUCUACAUCUGUGGUGCAAGCUCUCCUGAUCUGAGUACUUGUGUAUAUCACAGCAGGAAAAAGUGAAAGUGUAUGCUCUUCUCAAUUAGUAUUUGAGGAGUGUGUGGUUUAUGUGGCAUUAUGUUUAAGCUCAGAUAUGACUGUAUAGCUAAUUUUAUUAUUUUUAAACUCCCAGUUGUUCCUGUUCUUCUUGAGUACAGUUUUUUCAGUCAACUUUAUUCCAGUCCUAUUAAAUACUCUAUUCUCUUUUGCUCUUCUCAGGUGAAUUUGCUCGCCAAGUAGAAGAAAAAGAUGCUUUGAUUUCCCAACUUUCAAGAGGCAAGCAAGGUUUUACUCAACAGGUUGAAGAACUGAAGAGGCAACUUGAAGAAGAAACAAAGGUGGGUAUUAUGACUAGAUCUAGUAAAUGGAUUUUCAGUGCUGUAUUGCAAAUCCUGCACGCUGCUGUACAGGGCUAAAGUGUUAUGGAAAUAUCUUAGAAAUUUUAUUCUUUUUGUUUAAAAAUUAUACCACCUUUUAUCCUCCAUCUUUUAUCCUUUGAGUUGCUCAAAGCAGUUUACAGUUCAAAAGCGACCAUAAAAGCAACAAUAAUCCAACCAUCAAAACACAAAUUAACAAACUAAAAACAGCACAUUGUACAGACAAAACCAUAUGUAAUGAACUGAUAUUUGAGCUGUACAGCAAUGUCAUGGAAAUAACCCCCCCCAAAAAAAAUUACUUAGGCUAGGGAUGGGGAAUCUGUGUUCCUCCAGGUGUUGUUGGACUCCCAUCAUCCCUGACCAUUGGUCAUACUGGUUGAGGCGAUGGGAGCUGGAAGUCCAUGGGUUUUCCAUCUCAGACUGCAGUCCUGAACAUACUUGCUAGGCAGAAAGAUCCACGGAACUCAGGAGACCUAGGCAAAUCACUUAACAAAUAUUUUAAUUUCUCCAGGCUAAGAAUGCAUUGGCCCAUGCCUUGCAAUCUGCUCGUCAUGACUGUGACUUGCUCAGGGAACAAUUUGAAGAGGAACAGGAAGCAAAGGCUGAGCUGCAACGUGCCAUGUCCAAGGCAAACAGUGAGGUUGCCCAAUGGAGAACCAAAUACGAGACUGAUGCAAUCCAGCGCACUGAAGAACUAGAAGAGGCCAAGUAUGUUGGGGAGAUUGAGAUAAAAAGUGUUAUUCUGCUACAAAAUGUUGCAAUAUUUUUGACUAGGAAUUCAAAAAUUGCAACUCUCCAUUCUCGCUUGGAGUGGUUAAGAGACUGCUUGCUUGUCCACAUGCACCCCAGGCUGCUCCUCUGCUGCUCUGGGCUGUUACAGCAGCCCUGUGGCCCGUUUCCCAAUCAGCCAGUGGCACUAUUAGAAGUGUGAGCAAAGUGCCCAGAGAAACUGGAGCACUCGAGGAGGGGGGAGAGAGAGAGGGAGGGUGAGAGUUGCAGGAGGAAAGAAAAGGGAGGGAGGGGCACAAAUGAUGGUGGGGCGCACCGAUACAGCUCCUUGCCAUGGGUACAAGAUCAUCUGGGUAUGCCUCUGUUCUCAUUCAGGAAGUCCCUUUCCUGCCAGCCAAUCAGUGAGGGUUUGGAGGCUUCUAGGCCACCAACGUAGCACUCACUUCUUCACCAAUCAGCCAGCCCAUUUCAUUCCUACACAACACCCAGGUUUUCCCACUGAUUCAGGGUUCUGUGGGUACUUAGCAUUCAAAGUCCUCACUGGGCUGUUUUGGGGGUUCUCCCACAAGUUCUCCCCAAAUGUUUUUUAUACUUUUGGACACCUUGGGGUUCCCUCCUUCUGUCCCUCUAUGAUGUCUGUAACAGAAGUUAUGCAAUGCUUAUGGUAGGAUAAUAGACCUUCCUGCUUACCCAAGCAGAUUCAUGCAAUUUACUACUGACUUUUUUAUCUUCUUCAAGGAAAAAACUUGCCCAGCGCCUGCAGGAUGCUGAAGAGCACGUAGAAGCUGUGAAUUCCAAAUGUGCUUCCCUUGAGAAGACAAAGCAAAGGCUACAGAAUGAAGUGGAGGACCUGAUGAUUGAUGUGGAAAGGUCCAAUGCAGCCUGUGCAGCUCUAGAUAAGAAGCAGAAGAACUUUGAUAAGGUAUUUUUUGACUUUUUUUUAAUGAACAUAUUGCAUGAAGUUCUCAGGUCUAAUGAAUUCAUUGCUUAUUUCUUGGUGGUGUUUUGCAGAUUCUGGCAGACUGGAAACAGAAAUUUGAAGAAGCCCAGUCUGAACUGGAAGCUUCCCAGAAGGAGUCUCGCUCUCUCAGCACAGAGCUCUUUAAGAUGAAGAAUGCUUAUGAAGAAUCCUUGGAUCACUUGGAAACCUUGAAGCGUGAGAACAAGAAUCUCCAACGUAAGUUAAUAAUUGUAUAUUCUAAGAAGCAGGUUUAGAAUACUAUAGGCACAAAACUGAGAAGCUAUGUCUUACUUCCAAAGAACCAGCUGAAUCAUAUAACUUCAAACAAGCCUUCUCCCUGAUUCCAGGACAGACCCUGGUGUCCAUAAGGUCAUGCACUGUGCAUGCCAAACAACUAAUCUAUUCCACAAGGAUGAGCUGAAAUUAAAAAAUAAAGCACUUUACCCCUCACCCCCAUCCCACCCUAAUGCUGUGUAUCAUCAUCCAUAUUACAACAACUAAACUAUUCAUCUAUUUCUCUUUACUUUGUGUAAAACCAAUAGAGGAGAUUUCUGAUCUCACGGAACAGAUCGCUGAGGGUGGAAAGGCUAUCCAUGAAUUGGAGAAAGUGAAGAAGCAGAUUGAGCAAGAGAAGUCUGAACUGCAGGCUUCUCUAGAGGAAGCUGAGGUACACACACACACAUAUAUAUCAUUCUUCUUAGAGAAAACAGGAUAAAAGUAUCUUGUUCUAUGAUAUAAAACACUCAAAGAAUUACUAACAGUGUUAACAGAAUCAUGAUGGACACUUCUGUUUUGCUGUUGACUGGAGGAAAGAAUGCACAAAAUAUUUCCUUUUAAAGAUGAUGUCUAAUGCAUUUUUAAAAAAUGGAGAGGGGGCACUUAUUUUAGUCUAUUAUUAAUAGCUAAUAUAAAUGGCUUUCUUAAGGCCUCACUGGAACAUGAAGAAGGCAAAAUCCUCCGCAUCCAACUAGAGCUCAACCAGGUGAAGGCUGAUAUUGACAGGAGAAUUGCAGAGAAAGAUGAAGAAAUUGAUCAGCUGAAGAGGAAUCAUCUGAGAGUAGUAGAGUCCAUGCAGAGCACACUAGAUGCUGAAGUCAGGAGCCGGAAUGAUGCCCUGAGAGUAAAGAAGAAGAUGGAGGGAGAUCUGAAUGAAAUGGAAAUCCAGCUGAGCCAUGCCAACCGCCAAGCUGCUGAGGCAUUAAAGAACCUCAGGAACACACAAGGGCAGCUUAAGGUAUCUACAGUACAAUGCCACACAGUUGAAAGUGAAAUCUGGAAUUGCCAUGUAAUUAAGGACUUUGUAUCGCAUAAUAAUUUGUUUGAUAGGAUACACAACUGCACUUGGAUGAUGCUGUUCGGAGCCAGGAAGAUCUGAAGGAGCAAGUGGCCAUGGUUGAGCGCAGAGCUAAUCUGAUGCAGGCUGAGAUUGAGGAGCUCCGUGCAGCUCUGGAACAGACAGAGAGGGGCAGGAAAGUGGCUGAACAGGAGCUUCUGGAUGCCAGUGAGCGUGUGCAACUUCUUCACACACAGGUAAGCUUCUAAUAUUGUAAUGUGCCCCACCUUUCAUUAACUGGUAGAGAAGAGCAGGCUGUUUAUCUUUGGGGAUGUUCUCUUCCAUCCUGCUCCACCUUUAGCCAUAUUACUUGAAGGAAACAAAGCUAUGCCUAAAUAAUCUUUGCUUGCUCUUAUACAAAACGUCUGUGGACAUGACUAUUUAGCUUAUUUCUCUAUGAUUAGAUUCAAUGGUAUGCAUACUAUGAUAUUUCCAUCUCAUUUGAAACUCUGGGGAUUUAGGAAUAAGAAAUUCCAGGCAACUAUUUGAGGCAGAGCUUCAUUGAGUUCAUUUCUAAGUAGAUGUCAUUGUUUCCUGCCUUUUAAAAAUUCUGUCUUAGCUGUUUUAAGGCAAUUUUUCAAAUACUGUAUGUUUUCCCCCCAAACAGAAUACCAGCUUGAUCAACACCAAGAAGAAGCUGGAAACAGACAUUGCACAAAUCCAAGGUGAAGUGGAAGAGACUAUUCAAGAAGCCCGCAAUGCAGAAGACAAGGCCAAGAAGGCCAUCACUGAUGUGAGUUGCAGGGAGUUUCCUUUUGAGAUCUGAACCUGUAUACAUUUAGUAUGGCUGAUUUCUUGAACUGGUUUGGCAACUUUAUUAAUAGGCGGCCAUGAUGGCUGAGGAACUCAAGAAGGAACAAGACACCAGUGCCCAUCUGGAGAGGAUGAAGAAGAACUUGGAGCAGACCGUAAAGGACCUGCAACAUCGUCUUGAUGAGGCAGAACAGCUGGCAAUGAAGGGUGGCAAGAAGCAGCUCCAGAAACUGGAGCACAGAGUGCGUAUUCCUCAUAUAUCUGUAGUCUUUAUACAUUUUGAACGUAAAGAAUGCAAUGGAAUGCAAAUUCUCCCUUCUUCUGUGCCUUCCUCAGGUACGUGAGCUGGAAGCUGAAGUUGAGAACGAGCAGAAGCGUGGUGCUGAUGCUAUCAAGGGUGUGCGCAAAUAUGAGAGACGGGUCAAGGAGCUGACCUACCAGGUGAGGGUGAUAAAUGUUUUUUCAAUAAUACAGUGAAAGAAAUGCUACUGAAGUUAUUGAACACUCAAACUGGAAAUGUUUAAUAGUAGUGGAAUAGAGUGAGAGAAAUUCUUUUCAAAAAUAUUUUCUUCAUCAAAGGUUUGUAAUGGGGUAAAUUACAUGAACUCUUUAUUUUCCCCUAUUACAAUAUGAGCAGCUCCAUCACUUAUAUCAUCAUAUAUCAUCACUUAUAUCAUCAUAAACAUGUCACUGCAUUCCCAUGCCCUGAUAUCCCCAACCAACCAAAAAUACGGCCAAUGCACAGCCCCCUGCCAAAAAAACAUUAAUAGCUAUUCAUUUCCUCUUAUCAAGCCCUUAACCUCUCUAAUCCAUGGAAUGCUCUCCCACAACACAUAGUGCAAGUUUCACUCUAGAAAAAUAUAUUAUUUAAGAAAAUCAAACUGAGGAAUGAAUUUUAAAUUAUAUAAACUCACUUUUUUCUUCCAUUUGUUCAGUCUGAGGAAGAUCGGAAGAAUGUUCUGAGGCUUCAGGAUCUGGUGGACAAACUGCAAAUGAAAGUGAAAGCUUAUAAGAGACAAUCUGAAGAAGCUGUAAGUAUUGCACUGAAGAUGGGACAAUGGUUACAUUUCAAAUAAAUCUGAUUAUAUUUACUGUAAUGAGUUUCAUUAAAAUGCCUGUGGGCCAAAGUCCUAAACAGUGGCACAUUAUCUGAUACUACAAAUAAGGAAAGCAAGAAUCAAAAGGAAACUGUGAGAUGGAAAUACUAAUUAAGUAAUGAACGCAAGAAUAUUGCAUAACACAAAUAUGGAGAAUAUCAUUUUUAAAAAUGAGUUAUAAUAAAGGAGUGGAUAGUUACACUUUAACAAUUUUGACUUAUGUGUAUCUGUCAUAUUUUUAAUUGGGAGUCUAGACUAGAUUUCUCAUAAUUUUUUCCUUGACAGGCAGAAAAUUAAGAACUGAACAUUUUCCCAGCAUGGAGAAAACUAUAUGUUGAAUCCAGACUUAAUUAAACUUAGAGUGGACCCAUUGAAAUAAAUGAAACUUAAAUUAGUCAUGACUAAGAAGACUCUACAAGAUUUCAAUGGCUCUACUACUUAGGCAGUCUUGCUAGCCUGGUUUAUAUUUUAACACUUGCUAGGAUUAUAGGGAUGAUGAUGAUGAUUAGUAUUAAUUUAUAUCCCACCCAUCUGGCUGGGUUUCCAUAAACUGGUGCCCACAAACUUGUAACAAUAGUUAAAUCACAUAAUCACAUAAUGAAGAAUCAAGACAUUAGCAUCCUGCUCCCAAUCACCUGGUUAUGGUUGAAAUAAAAGAGAAGUUGGAUUUUUAAUAAUAUGGUUUUCAUAAUUUUAUUCUCAGGAGGAACAAUCCAACCUCAACCUCUCCAAAUUCCGCAAGAUUCAGCAUGAGCUGGAAGAAGCUGAAGAGAGGGCUGACAUUGCAGAGUCACAGGUCAACAAACUGCGGGUGAAAUCCCGUGAUGCUGGAAAGGCAGUCAAAAGUGAAGAAUAA